GCUAACGAUAGAGGGCAUUUGAAAAAGUCGUUGAACAGUAUCAAAACAUGUCGUCCUACGGUAAAAAACGGCGUGUGAAUGAAGAUACAGAAAACCAGAUUAAUGAGCCAGAAGAUGAUAGCUCAUGUGACGAAAUAGAAAAUGGUGAUACAUCUGAUUCAGAUUCAGAAAUUAACGAGGAAGUGCAAAUCGAGUUUGAAGCCUUGCCACCCCAGCCAACUGAUGCAGAUGGCAUCAAGAGGUUACUACAACAGUUAUUUGCAAAAGCUCACAUAGAUUUAUCGGAUUUAACCAAUAUUAUUCUGUCACAAAAUCAUGUUGGAAGUGUUGUAAAGCAAAGUGCAGACCAGUUAGCUGAGGACAGUGAUCCGGAUGAAGAAGAUGACGACGACGAUGUUUUUGGAUUUAUAUCAGUAAUCAACAUAACAAAAAAAGUGAGAUUGUUAUUAAUUAUUAUUUUACUUCAGCUACUCAGGGGGAAUCUAUCCUAUCGUUCAGCUUCCCAGUGUCUGAAGAAGGCAACUUGGCAGUGGGGGGAAAGUGGUCUGGGGAUGAUGCUGAACUUAAAAUCUAUCGGACAGUAA